AGCCACGAUUCCUGGACCGCAAAUCCCAGAGUGCAAUGCGGUCACGCCCGCCUUGUACGUUCGAGCCUGCCCUCUUAGAGGUUCCGGGGGCCGGUGGCAUUUACUUCCGGCAGCAGGCGGUGGGACAAUGUCUGCGCUUCUCCGAGCUGUGCCUAGGUUUCCGGGAAAAACUGCGUGGGGACGGCCUCUCCAUGGGCUGUGGUGCUGCAGUGGGCAGGAGGAUCCUAAGAGGUGGCUGGGGAGCAGCACGUCACCCACCUCAAAGGAGAAAUUACCAGACGCAGAGACUGAGAAAUUCCGGAUGUUUUACCGUUUUGAUGCCAUCAAAUCCUUCGGGUACCUGUCUCGACUGAAGUUGGCACAGACUGCCCUGACAGUGAUAGCUUUGCCACCAGGCUAUUACUGGUACUCCCAGGGCCUCCUGACUCUCAAGUCCCUUUGCAUCAUGAAUGGGGUGUCAUGCUUUGCUCUGGCCAUGCUCUGCUGGAUGAGCUAUUUCCUUCGGAGACUGGUUGGCAUUCUGUAUCUCAACGAGUCUGGCACCAUACUGCGGGUGGCCCACCUGAACUUCUGGGGCUGGCGGCAGGACACAUACUGUCCUGUGGAAGAUGUGAUACCCCUGACGGAAACCAAGGACGGUCCUGAGGAGCUGUUCAUGCGUAUCCAGCAAUACAGUGGGAAACAGACCUUCUACUUCACCCUGCGUCAUGGUCGCAUCCUGGACAAAGAGUGUUUCAUACAGGUGUUUGGGGCGCUGCAGACAUUAAAGUGAACAACUGGGAGCUGGACCUCUGGGUAACCCUGGGUUGCCUGGAUUGACAGGAAGGCCGAGGGUGUGCGCAAGGUUGAAGAAAGGGGAUUGAGUACUUGGAGACUUUGCCUGGACCCCUGGGAACAUGUGUUUUGUGAUGUAGAAAUUUACAAGG